AUGAAGGUCGAGUUCCCGCUGCCACUCGGCUCUCUCGGCGUGCCUCGAGGCUGGCUGCACGUCCUCAACCGCGACGAGGCCGCGGCCGCGGUGGCGGAUUCUGCCGGCCUGGUCGCCAGCUUUGUUGCGAGCGGGAGCAUCGUCUGUCACCGGGUGGAGACGCUCGAGGCGAACGAGUCGGCCAACGAGGCGGAGUGGCUAGCGCUGGCGGCCGCCGAGAUCCGGCAGCCUUCGAUGCCGAGCGCCAGCGGUGGUGGGCUUCUCUCAGCCACCGACCUCACACUGCUGAGGGUCGUGACAACCUACCGAGAGCACCUCACGCGCUGGCCAGAGCACAAGUGGUGGGGCGGCGUGGACGGCAUCGAAGACGAGCUCGGGCCGUGCGACAGCCACAGCCCCGACUGCAGGGCGCGGCUCUCAUGCGAUGUCUGCUCUCUUUCAUUACCAGGCGCGGCGGAGCGGGGCGAGCGGCCUCUGAGCCAGCGCGGCGGUCGCCGCGAGCUGCUGGCACUGGUCGGGCGGCUGCUGUCGGCGGCGGAGCCUGCAGUGGCGGGAGUCAGCAGGGAGGGGAAGCGCGGCUCUGACCCCUCCCGGGCCUCCCUGCGGGCGGCGGAGUCCGAUCCCGCGGUGGAGGAUGGCGGCGGUCUGCGCUGCGUCUCGUGCGCAGCGACGCUCAACGGCUACCGCGGCGUGAGCCGUGACAGCGUGGAGGGCGGCGGCGCGGGAGGCGGCGGCGAGGGAGGCGGCGGCGAGGGAGGCGGAGGCGAGGGAGGCGGUGGCGAGGGCGGAGGAGGCGAGGGAGGCGGUGGCGAGGCGGCCUCCUCCGCCCGCUUCUCCGUCUCUGCCCUGCUCGAGUCGGUCUCGCAGCGAGGAGCGAUGAACGCGGAGCCGCCGACAGACGCGGCGGGCGUUGCGGCGCUGGCGGCGAUCGCGCCCAAGAUGCGGACGACGCUGCACACCCUUCCCAGCAGCGGCAGCGGCGCGUGGGGCUGCCCGAGAGGACGGCGACGUCUGCCCGAGAGUAGGCAGAGCUUCUACCUCCACGCGCACACGGGCGAGGCGUCGACCCGCUUCUUCGCCGCGCCGCCGCCCACGACAUGUGGCGGGAUGCUCUGCGAUGAUGUUGGGCUGGGCAAGUCGGUGCUCGGCCUGGUCCUCGCAAGGCCUCCGCCUGCCGGCUGGUCGGCGCCGCACCCGCUGCCGCGCGCCACCAAGGCGGUGCUGCCGGUCAAAGCGUCGCUGCUCGUCGCGCCGGCGGCGCUGCUGCCGCAAUGGGAGGCCGAGCUGCACAAGCACACGGUCCAAGGGGCGCUCCGCUCCGCCACGUACGUUGGUGUCGGCAGCGCGCCUCCGCCGCCUCCUCCGCCAGAGGAAGAGGAGGAGGAGGAGGAGGAGUCCGUUGCGGCGGAGGGGGAGAGCCAGGUCCGGCGCCCCAAGCGGUCCCGCAGCAGCGUGAGCCGCUACCAGCCAGGCGGUGUUUCCGCGGCGGCGGCACCGGCGGGGGAGGCGGACGGGGGGGAGGAAGAGGCGGUCGAGGUGCUCGCUUCGACGCGGCCGGGCCUCUUCGUGUGUGGGGCCGGGGAGGCGUGCGCCGUCGAGGAGUGCGACGUCGUGUUUUGCUCGUUCGAGACGCUGCGGGACGAGCUCAAGGUGGUGAGCAACAGCGCGUCGGCCGCGGCGGUGAUGGCGUCCGCGCUCUGGAGGCGGCAGGCGUGGGUGGUGACGGGGACCCCAGUCAACUCGCGGCUGGCGGAGCUUCAGGGCCUCCUCGCCUUCCUCGACGCGCGCCCCUUCUCCGAGCCGGCCUCCUUCAACGCGCUCGCGGCGCUGCUUCGCAUGCGGACCCUCCUCUCGGCGCACUUGCUGCGCCGCACCAAGGCGGACCCGGCGGUCGCAAAGCAGCUCCGCCUCCCUCCGGUCGAGUGGGUGACGGUCGGCAUCGAGCUCGAGGCGCGUCGGCGGCGCGGCUUGGACGCACGCGACUUUGAGAGCGCGGGCGCGUUCUCGUCGCUGGUGCAGGCGCGCAAGAUGGGCGAGCUCAACGGAACGCUCACCCGCGUGCGGCAGAUGCUCUGCUCCCCGUUCGCGGUCAACGCUGAGAAGGUUGGGGGCGGAUUGGGCAAGGGCGAGGCGGCCGUGCUCGCGUCCGCAACCCGCUUGCCGCAGCGGACGAUCCUCGAGCGGCUUGUGGCGCAAGCCUCGCGCGACCGCGACAACGCGGCGGUGGCGCAUCUGCGCGCUCGCGCCGCGCUGUACGUGGCGCACGUGGCGCUCGCGCCGCACACCCUAGAGGUGGAGGCGGAGGAGGAUCCGGGUGCGGAGGUUGGCGCGGUGGCUGCCGAGACGGCGGAGGCGGCGGAGGCGGAGGAGGAGGAGGCUGCGGACGCGGAGGCGCCGGUAGCGAGCGCAAAGGCCAGGGGCAAGCGCAAGGCGGCGGGCGUGGCCGGCGGUUCGACCCGGGUUGGCAAGGGCAAGGCUGGCGGCAAGACCAAAGCUGGCAAGGCGAAGCCGCCCGCCCCGCGAGGCCCGCUCGCGGGCCUGCAUGGGCAGGAGAAGGUCCUCGCCGAGCUCGACGACCUCGUCGCCCGCUCAAAAGAGCGGUGCGCCGCCGCGUCGAGUGACGAGGCGGUGCAGCGGAUCCUCGAGGUGCGGCGGCAGUGCGCGAAGUGCCAACGCACGCCGGGGACGGCGCUCAAGAGCGCGGCGGCGGCCGCGGCCGCGGCGUCAGAGGCGGCGGCGUCAGAGGCGGCGUCAGAGGCGGCAGGGGCGACGGUGGCAGCGUCGGUCGCCGAGGAGGCGGUCUGCGGCGGGGGCGGGGGCGGCGAGGGUGGCGAAAAGGGCAACGGUGUCGGUGAGGCUUGCGCGGAGGCGGGCGGCGCGUGCAGCAAGGGCGGCUCGCACGCUUUUCGCGUGGUUGCGCCGCGUCGAUGGGCGGUGUUGCGGGCGGCGCUCAAGAAGCUGUAUCUUGGCAAGGACGCGCCGUGGGACGUGGACGACGAGCGGGAGGCCAAGGCGGCGGCGGCGGCCGAGCGACGCAAGGUUGUUCAGGACGCCGACGGCAAGGUGGUCAAGUCGCGGCGGCAAGGACGCAAGGAUGCGCAGAGCGAGGCGGCGGCGGCGGCGGCCGCUGCCGCCAGUGCGGCCCCAGAUGGAUGGGGGCGGCCUGCGAAGCGGCACCCGGCCCUCGCCGCCAUCUUUACCGCCUGGCGGCGGAGCGGCGUGGAUGCCGCGCUGCGCGAGGGCGCAGCGGCCGUCGAAGGCACGGCGAGGGUGCUGCGCGAGAAGAAGUCGAACGAGUCAUUCCUGCAGGCGAAGUUGGACCGCUACGACCACGGGGCGGCGGGAGCGGCGGGCGGCGGAGUGGGCGGCGGCGUGGGCGGCGCAGAGGAUGGGGCGGAGGCGGAGGCGGAGGGCGCGGCGGCGGCUGCGCAGGUGGUGGCGCUCGAGGCGGAGACUUGCGCGUGGGUUGUGACGCCGUGCGGCCACGCCGGGUGCUACGAGUGCAUCCUGCAGUGGGUGGAGGAGCGGGUCACUUGCCCCGUCUGCAAGCAGGGCGGGCUCACCGCCGGCACACUCUUCGAGGUUGAACCCGCGCCUCCUCCGCCGCCGCCAGAGGCGGCCGCCGCGGGAAGCGGCGUGGGCCGGCAGCCAGGUUCGUUCGGGAGCUCAGGGGCGGGCGGGGCGGCGGGAACCUCCUCCGCCUCUGCCUCCUCCGCCUCCGCCUCCUCCGCCUCGCCGGGCGGGUGCGGCGUCCCGCUGGGCCGCGAUCUCGACAAGUCGCUCGUGCGCGAGUACGGCUCCAAGAUUGCCGCGCUGCACCAGGUGGUGGCGGCCGCGGUCGAGCGCGGCGAGAAGGUGGUCGUCUUCUCGGCGUGGACGCGGCUGCUCAAGCUCGCCGCCGACGCGCUCGCCUCUGCGGGCAUCGCGUGCGCGUCGCUCGUCGGCUCUGCGGCGGCGAAGCAGGAGGCGCUCCGCCGCUUCGGGGCGGCGGGCGGGCUGCCGCUUGCGGCUGCGGACGGCGACGUCUCACGCGACGCUGCUGCGGCGGGGGCGAGCGGCGCCGGCGCCGGAUCGUGCGACGCGCUGCUGGUGCCGCUCUUUGGGGGUGCAUCGGGCGCGGGCGGUUCGGGCGCUGCGGGCCUCAACUUGCAGGUCGCGAGCGUGGCUGUGUUGCUCGAGCCGUCGUUGCAGCCGGGCAUCGAGGCGCAGGCGGUGGGCCGCAUCUGCCGGCUGGGGCAGGAGAGGGCGACCAAGGUGGUGCGGCUCAUCGUCCAGGAAUCGAUCGAGCCAAACAUCCUGCUCUGGCAGAGCCGCCGCCUCGCGCGGGGCGCGGUUUCCGCUUCCGGGCACGCGCCGCUCGGUCUCAGCGAUUUCGUGCACGUGCUCGGCUCCGGACGUAGCAGAGGGGGAGGAGGCGCGAGGGCCGCGUGA